GUAUUCGGCUUCGCGAUUGCCUACUUUAAGCGCUUCUACCUGCUGCACUCAGUAAUGGACUUUCAUCCGCGCGAAAUGAUGCUCACAUGCCUCUAUCUCGCCUGCAAAGCUGCUGAUUUCCCGAUCGGCAUUGAAGCCUUCAUUACUCGCGUGCCCAGAAACCAGGAGCGAUAUGCCUAUUUCAUUCUUAACUCGGAACUCUUUCUUAUGGAAGCUCUUCAUUACGAUCUUUGGAUUUAUACUCCGUACAGAGCUCUUACUGGGCUAAUUGUUGAUCUCGUCGCCUUUCAGGUACACCUGAACUUUGUGGCUGAUAUGAUUGCCUUGGUGCCUUCUUUCAUAAAACGUUUUGUCCUGAUUGUGACGCGAGCAAUUUAG